UCGAAAGCAACGAUUUUGAGGAUGGCAAAUAUCGACCAAGCUGACGACUUCGAUCCGCUGCGAAAUAUUACUGCGUAUAUUAAUGAUUUAGACACUACUCAGGUGCAGGAUGAAGCCUUCAUAUACUAUGGGCAAAAGCAAACCUUAGAGUUACAGCAAGAUAUAGAAAAGCAGAAGAAAGGUAAAGAAGAAAAGGAGAAGGAGAUUGAGACUUUGGUGAUGAUUCUUCAGCAACUCAAGGAAGAUCACGACAGAAUUAUUCAAACAGUGGAAAUAUUACCAAAACUAAACACAAGUAUGAGGCAACUUAUUCAUUACAAACACAAUGAAAUGGAUGAAUGGAAAGCAAAAUGUGAUAAGUCGAUCAAGGAAUUUAUGCGCCAACAUGAAGACACAAGGAAGCAGCAUGCAAAUAUUACGCCCCUACAUGCAGAAUAUCAGAAAACGAACAUGGUGUGUUUUGAAUCAUCAAUCCGUUUGAAAAUACAGGUAAAGAAGCUCGAAGAAGAGAAGGAAAAGGAGAUGUUGCGCAAAAAACUAAAUAAUCGCUUACACAACCAAAAAAUUGUGAGUUUCGCUCGGGAAAGUUUGAAUUAUUAUAAGUGGACGAAUAAGAGAGAUCGAAGCAUUCCAAAACCAAUUAUCAAUCUAACCGAUUCACGUAACGAACCGGCCAAGGGUCACAUAAUGAGUAGAGUAGCUGAAUUGGAGGAAUUGGCCGCUUCUCGUGCAAUACCAAAGUACAAAUACGAUCAGGAUUGGAAUCACACCUCUACCCUUGCAGAGCUCCCACGGAUAAACUGGGGCGAAAUGACUUUACGUAUGACGCAAACGAUGAAAGGAUGGAGGCAAUCAUUAAGCUCAUCUUUUUCAACAAUACCAGACGCUUCAAACGCACAGAAUGUAAAACGAUCAUUAGUGGGCGCAGAUGAAAAAAUAAAUAUCAUUAGCGUUAAAAAAAUUAAGACAGCUACUCUACCGCCAGUUGGCACGUCCCCAAAAAAGGGACCGGAAUCGCCACCUUCUCAACUGAUAGAUCGCUUUGUAGAGCCACAAAACAUACCCAAACCCAAUAUGGUAGAAUCGAAAAACUCAAGUUUUUCCCCGGUCGUAACUUCCACUUUCUUUAAUAAACCAAAAACACCCGCUGCCAAUAUAAGGAAUAGAAUUGCUUUUCAAACAAACAGCGGCAAGUCAUUGCCGUCAACUGGUAACUUAAUGCCGACAAACGGCAACUUAAUACCGCCAAUUGGUAAUUUAGCCCCACCAACGGGAAACUUACUGCCGCCAACAGGAAACUUAAUGCCGCCAAUUGGUAAUUUAGCCCCACCAACGGGAAACUUACUGCCGCCAACAGGAAACUUAAUGCCGCCAAUGGGUAAUUUAAUGCCACCAACGGGAAACUUAAUACCGCCAACUCACAACUUAAUGCCGGAAACCAGCAAUUUGUUUGCGAUGCCUAUGGAACCCACAGCCACUCCGUGCAUGAACUCUCCAUUUAAUGACGAUCAAUUCAUGAUGAUGUCCCCUAGUGGUAGUGUAGAUAUGGAAAUGCCUUCUUUUAAUGUCAGUGCAGAUUUUAAUAACAUACCGUCAUUUAUGGCUAACCCUAAUCAACCAAGUACCAAUUCUCAAUCCGGACCAAUUUCCCUGUUUACAAAUGCAGGAGCUAAUCCUUUUAAGAUGUUUAAUUAAUCUCAGUUAUUUCGAAAAUCUAACCAGGUUUAUUAGUUCGUUAAAUCUACCCUAUUGUCUUAGUUGAGUUAAUUUAUUCUUUGAAUUUAAGUUCAUUUCAAGUUACCUAAAGAUAUUGUUUCAAUUAUUUUAUUCUAAUAAAUACUCAAAUAGUGGAUUGCGGUUUUCAUGUUGAACACGGAU